AUGGGAGAGGAACCUCUUUCUUCUCAUCUACAGUCACUUGUCAUCCUGGAGUACAUUGAUGAGACCUGGAAACACAACCCCAUCUUGCCUACAGACCCUUACGAAAAGGCCUUGGCACGGUUCUGGGCUAGGUUCAUAGAUGAGAAGUUCUGGGCGAUCUGGCCGGCAGUAAAAAAGGCUAUAGUGAGUAGGGAAAGGGAGCGAGAGGAAGCGAUUGAAGAAACUCGGCCGCAUCUGAAAACCCUUGAGAGUGGGCUGAAAGAGAGGAAAUUCGUUGGAGGAGAGAGUUUGGGAUUCGUAGAGCUGGCUGCAAACGUUAUAGUUUGGCUUUUUGUUGCCCAAGAAGUUCUGGGACUGCUAACCGAAGAGAAGUUUCCCACUGUGCAUGAAUGGUAUCAAAGGUUUGCUGAUGAUGCUGUUUUCAAGGAAUGUGCGCCACCAAGGGAGCUAUUCAUUGCCUAUUAUAAAGCUCUAUUUGGAGCCUCCACUGCUUCCAAAUGA